AUGCAUCGCCCACGAGACCAGCUUCGCACCCAGUCAUCAUCAGCACAAUCUUCUAAAAGCACAUCGCCAACUACAUCGCAAAGUACAGUCAAGAUUCCAGGAGAAACACCGGCGAGCAGUAUCACCGCGCCCGUCUCAGCAACAGUCCAGCACGCAGUCGUACCGCUAUGGCAGCGGCUGGGCCCCGUCACUCGCCUGGCACAAGCAUAUGGACAAUCGCAGAAGAAGAGGCCGUAUGUGACGCAGACCAUCAGCUCCAUCUUCAUCUUCUUCAGCGCCGACCUCCUUGCCCAAAGCAUGAGUGACGACGAUUAUGAUCCCGUGAGGACGGUGCGGAAUGUCUUUAUUGGAGCUGGCACUGCCGUUCCGGCAUACGAAUGGUUCAAGUUUCUCGCCACACGCUUCAACUACAAGUCUCGUGCGCUGUCGCUGGGCGUCAAGAUAGUCAUGAACCAGCUCCUCUUCGCCACGUACAUGAACGUCUACUUCUUCAGCAUGCAGGCCCUGCUCUCUGGCGAUGGCAUCGGCGGCGCUGUCCAGCGGGUGAGAGACACUCUGCUCACCAGCUGGAUCAAUUCCUGCAAGAUCUGGCCCAUUGUCAUGGCGUUCAACCUGUCCUACGUGCCUCUAGAGUACCGAGCCCUGUUUGCCGGCAUUAUCAAUCUCGGAUGGCAGGCGUAUCUGAGUCUCCUGAACAGGUGGGCGGAGAUUCGCGAGGCUGAAGCCGCCGAGACGGCAGCUGAAGCUGUGGCGCUGGCUUAG